GGGAGGAGCAGAACAUGAAAUGGCAUUUAACUCUCAUCCGGUGUCUCUUGUAUUGCACUCUGCACCUUCCUCCCCAAAGACUCACCUUUUUGCCUCUUCAGGGAAGAUUUACACUCUAAUGGAGGGCUGCACCAACAGCGGGCUGUUUCUGUUCAUCUUGUUACUAGGAUGUAGGCGACUCUCUGCAUUCAAUCUGGACACGGAAAAUGUCCUGCAGAGAGAUGGAAGCCCGGGGAGCCUGUUCGGCUUUUCUCUCGCAAUGCACCAACAGCUUAGACCACAGGACAAGAGAAUACUGCUGGUUGGAGCGCCGCAAGAGAAAGCGCUGAAUAAUCAGAAAUCUAAGGUGACAGGAGGACUCUACAAGUGUGAAAUCAGCCCAAACCCCAGUGAUUGCCAAAGAGUUAUGUUUGAUAAUGAUGAAAAUGUGUCAACCGAAAAAAAAGAAAAUCAGUGGAUGGGGGUGUCAGUCAACAGUCAAGGGCCAGGAGGCAAAAUUAUAACGUGCGCCCAUCGGUACCAGGAGUUGAAAUCUCAAACCCGUAACAUCCUCGGCCGCUGCUACGUGCUAAGCCAAGAUGUAACUCUGAAGAGCUCACCAGAAGAUGGAGUGAGAGAUGGAGGUGACUGGCAUUUUUGUAAAGGUCGGAACCCGGGCCAUCAGCUGUUUGGUUCCUGCCAGCAGGGCGUCUCUGUCGCAUUCGACAUGGAACACCGCUACUUCAUCUUUGGAGCUCCAGGAGCUUACGACUGGAAAGGCUUGGUGCACAUGGAGCAAAGGAACGACACUCUUUUUGACUUGGAUUUAUUUGACGAGGUGCCAUUGGAAACGGGAGGUGAGGAGGCGAAAAAUCCCAAUCAGGUCCCCACUCCUGACAACAGCUACUUGGGUUUCUCCAUGGCCGUUGGAAAAGCUUUGACCAACAAGGGUCAGCUGACGGUGGUGGCAGGAGCUCCCAGGGCUUACUUCAGUGGAGCGGUGAUUCUGCUAAAGAAAGGCUCUAAGGAGCGCAAAGACAUGCAAGAGGAGUUCAGCCUUGAAGGCGAGGGCCUGGCUUCCUCCUUUGGAUACGAUCUGACUGUGCUGGAUCUCAACGGGGAUGGGUAAGAG